AUGAACAUCAGUCGAUACCAGGCGGCGAAAAACCUGCAGCCGGCACGUUCGCUGCGCUCGGCACCAAAUCCCGGUCGCAAUGCGCUCGGAGACUUCGGCUAUCCGCCCCACCUGGUGGACGCUUUUCAACACGCGUCCCGUGCGGGUCCUGGCACCGGUGGUAGCGGUACUCCCGGGUCCUUCCCCAACGGUCAUUCGCACCAGCGAUCGAGCAGUCAAUCACGCAAGCAUGACGUUCUACGAUCGCCCAUGGGCGGCGGUGUUGGUUCCGGUGCGAGUCGCACGGCCACGCCCCAAUCGCCAGGCAGUCUAACGUUCAACGCUAGCACACUAACGGUCGGGUCCUUGUACGAAGUGACCGUUUCGUUUGUGCAGAAUGGUCCCAAACAGUUCAUGGUGCAGGUGCGAUCGGCGGAAGUCACGCUAAAGCAGAUGAUGAGCGCGUUGGCCCGCGUGCCAUUGCGCACCAUCAACCGCAAGCUGCAACUCGGCAUGGCCUGCUUGGCUCGGUACUCGCAGAAUCUCACCGUGUAUCGCGCAUUGAUCACGGCACUCGGGCAGGACGGUUCGUGCACCGUUUCGUUCGUCGAUUAUGGCCACUCGGAGACGGUGCACCCAAGCAGCCUGUACGAAAUUCCGCCCGAGUUCUUGCGGUACGAAAUCUUCUCGACGCGGUUUGCCCUUUCGAACGUGCGCCGGCUGGAGGAUGUGAACGCCGACGUGGCCGGUAUCUUUUCGCGGUUAGUCGCGGGAAAAAUGCUCACACUCAAGGUGACACCACCCGAGGGGGCCGCAUUUGUGUCGUACUGCGAGCUGUAUGAAAACGGGGACAACAUUUUCCCCCGGCUGCAGGAGUUGUGCCGGGCGCAGAUUUACCAUUACCUGCCGCCGGGAAGCGUCCAGCGGGGAGCCAGCUUCUACGUCGUGAUUCGGUACAUCGAAUCGUGUGCACAAUUUUUCGUCCAUCGGCUCGACAACGUGACCGUGUUCGAUAAGAUGAUGGACGAUUUGAUCGUGCAUUGCCAGGGCAGCGCUAGCGGUGUGCCGGGUGUGGUGAACGUUGGCGACGCGUAUGCCGUCGGACUGGAUCCGAAUGAUUUCUACCGUGCGGCAGUUGAGGAAACGCAACCCAAUAUCAAGGUGCGGCUGAUUGACUAUGGCAACUGCAUCACCGUCCAGCGGAACCAGCUGAAGCGCAUGUCGGCCGAAUUUCUACACCAGCGACCGGAGGCGUACGAGUGUUGUCUGGAGGGUUUCGAGGGCUCGACCAGCGAAGAACUGUCGACGCCCCAGCUCGAGAUGCUCUCGGAGAGCCCGGAUGGGGAUCGCAAAACCUUCAAGAUGAUCGUGUGCGACGUACGCGACGGAAAGACGAUCGUGAACUUGUUCGACGAAUCCCAAACGCCCGUACUUAACGUGUCGAAAAAGCUGCUCAAGCUAAACAAUCCCAUGAAGUUCGUAAAGGAACUCCAAAACAAUCAGCAAAAGCAGCAAAAUAAGCGACCGACAUCUGGUGGUGGCGUUACCACCGCAAAGACUGAUCUGCAGCAGGUGCUGCAGGCGAGUAGCAGUACGGAUUCGGCCAAAGUGGCACUUUCGUCGAGUGGCGUUUCGUCGGGCCAGGGAGAUUGCAUUGAUCUGACCAACGAGGAAUGGAGCAGCGGACCGCCGUUGCCGGGGAAUCAAAGCUCGGGAUACGAACUGCAAGCUACGGCAAAUGCGCAUAGCCCAUCGCGAAACAAGGAUUCCUCGUCCGGUGCCAACAAACGAUCGUCCGGCACCGUUGGUGCGGGAACUGGAGCAGCGCGCAACGACAUUCCAAGGUUUAGUAAGGAACGAAAUCAAACGCCGUACUACUACGAACAUGAUGACCGCUGCGCUGAACCGAGCAGCCCGACGGUCUCCACAAUGGCCGGAAACGAUCGACAGAAGAUGGACAUGCGCAGCUUAGGGCAUGUUGUAGAGCAGCAUACAAAUAACGCUUACCCAGCAAGCAACGUUCAACCAACAGAGGAGUUCAUGCCGUACCGUAGCACUUUCCCAGAGCAGAUCGUACCGCUAAACACAAAGCAAGAGGUUGUCCUGUCGUGGUGGUACUCACCGGAGCAGUUCUAUGUGAGAAUGCGAUCCGACGAGGACAAGUACCACGAUAUGAUGAAGCAGCUGCAAAAGUUUUAUCGCAACAAGCGAAACCAACAGCAACACCAACAGCAGCUACAACUGCAGCAGCAGGGAAGCCCGAAAUCAACGAAACCAUCGACCGGAUCGAUCGUCGUUGUGCGCCACCCAAAACAUAAUGCAUUCUACCGCGGACGGGUUCUGAAAUACAACGAAUCCGUGCAAAAGUACAAGGUGGAACUCAUAGACGGCGGUAACAAGCUUGUUCUGUCGGUAAACGAUCUUUGGUUGGUGGAACGUCGCUUCACCAACCUUGCACCGUUGGCCAUUGCGUGCACCCUACCGGAUGUUCGUUUGCGGUGCGAGGUAAAGGAGCUGCAGAGUCGCAUCGAUGCGUAUAUCAGCAACGACAAACAGCUUGAGGCGACGUUUGGGGAACGCUCUGACGGCAAGUACCAAUGUCAGAUGGAUUCGCAGGGGCGCGAUCUCAAGACAGCGCUGCUAGAGGACAAUUUCGUCGCGCAGGUUUAUGCCGACAUCGAUCUCAAUCGGCUCAAGGGCCAGACGUUGAAGGUGCAGCUGAUGGAGGCAAAAAGUCUGAACAAUUUCCGUGUAAAGCUGUGCGGGCAUGAGGCCACAUUUUGCUGCCGACAGGAUGGCUGUGAUUCGUUCACCAACCCGGUGGACGCUUUGGAGGAGGUUCGCGAAAAGUGGCUUGAGCGCAGCUGCCUAGCGCAGGUCGUGGAAGUAUCCAGCGAUGAGCGAUUGAUACUAUCACUGUUGAUUCCGCCACUGUCGGGCCAACCGAAGCCGACAAUUGCAGAAAUGCCGAUCCUUAUGAGCACUUUCAACGUGUUUGUUACGUACGUCGAACAAAUCAACUGUUUGUACGUGCAGAAUGCCCGCUGGCAAGAGGAAAUCGUGAAACUGAUGGACCAGCUUUUCGAGUAUUACGAAAGCCAGCGGGAAGUGGUCCCACUGGUAAAUCUGGCGAUGAACGAAAUGUGUGCCGCCAAAUCACAGGAUGACGGAAACUGGUAUCGAGCGAAGAUUGUCUCGCUGCAGGAGAUCGACAAGAUCGAGGUGCUGAUGGUGGACUACGGUCACCGGGAGCAGAUGAAGCACAGCGAGCUGAAAGUGCUGGAACCGCAGUUCCUGGAAUAUGGUGCAUUUGCGCACCGUGUCCACCUGCCCAUGGGAGCGAUUGCGGGAGUGGAAGAGCAACGUAUCAAAAGUGAAAUCAGCGAGCUUACCGGAUCGUACGAGUUGACGCUGAAGGUUAUCGAAUUCCGUAACGGCAUCUGGAUCGUGGACAUUACGUCAAACGACUACAGCAUCGUGAACGUGCUCAAGGAUCGCCAGCUGGUGGCUGAUCUGGAUUAUGAGAUCAUUCUCAACCAGCGGCAGGCUUCGACACCCACGCCGGGAGCUGUCGUUCGUCCUUCGGUUCAAGAUCAUGAGGCGAAACACCAGAACAUCCGGGCGAAAAUUUGCCACGUAGAUAAUCCCAGCCAGUUGUUUAUUCAGCUCGAGAGCGAUCUGAAGGAUUUGAAUCAGCUGCAGGAAAAUUUGCAAAUCAUCGCUUCGUCCCUACCGCCACUACGCGAUUUCUCCGCCGAUCGUUAUUGCAUUGCCCAGUACUCGGCGGAUGAUUUGUGGUACCGGGCGCUCAUCAUCGACAGCCACGAUGAUCUCAUCAUACAGUUUGUCGACUUUGGCCACACGGACAUUGUGACGAGCAACAAAAAGAGCAGCCUGCGGGACAUUAACGACGAUCUGAUGCGGUGGAAGGUGUACGCAAAGCAAUGCGCCAUGCUGGUACAACCGAUGGCACCGGAGGACAAUGGCAGCGAUAUGCGCAGGAAGAAACUGGCGUGGAAUGAGGUGGCGACUACGAUUCUCCGUGCGCUGGACGAGGUCGAUGUGCAGUUUCUAGCGGAAGCACAGGGCGUACACUACAUCAGUGUGCGCAGCGGUGAAAAGGACAUCGUUGAGAUGCUUGUUGAGAAGAAGCUAGCCACUCGGUUGCUGUACGUUCCGACGGGUCAAUUGUGCUUCACCAGCCACACGGAGUCGAUCGACGAGUUUUAUCUGCAGCUCGAACGCGACAUCCAUCCCCUGGACAUUAUGUCUAACUAUCUGGCUGACGUUAGCAAGUUUGCCGAUGUCUCGGAACCGCCCGAGGUGGGAUUGGUCUGCUUGGCGGAAUUUGUCGACGACGGACUGUGGUACCGGGUGCAAGUACUGACCGUGAGACAGCCGGGCGAAUACGAGGUGCUCUUUCUGGAUUACGGCAAUCGGUCGAUCGUGCACAAGCUAAAGCACCUCGAGCCCAGCAUCGCCGAGUUGACGCGGCUCUGUACCAGAUGCACGCUACGAUUGCCAGAGAACGUGAAAAGCUGGUCGGUAGCGGCCCAGGAUAAGUUCCGCGAACUGACGGCUAUGGGAGAGACGGUGUUUACCGUGCAGUUGUACAGCCCCGGACCGGUCUUUGCUACUGUCGAGCUAUUCCUCGCGGGUCGUAACAUUGCCGAGCAGCUGGUGGCCCUGUGCGAGAAAGGUGCCAGCGCCUCUACAGAUGGGAUGAGUUCGAGCUUUUUCCUGCUGGGAGACGACAACCGGCUGGACGAUAGCUACCAGCUCGAGGACGAUAAGGUGCAUGUUAGCCACGUCAACUCACCGGCCGAGUUUUUCAUCCAGUUUGACAACAGCUUCGACGCGUUGCGCAACAUGGAGGAACUUUUGGCGGCCACCGCGCACCAGUGCGAGGUGAUGGCUGCAGCCGACAUUCGAAAUGGGCUCUUUUGUCUGGCGCAGCUCGUGCACAGUGGUAAGUUUUGUCGAGCGAUCGUCCUCUCGGAGGUUCACGGUGGUCAGGCCACGUACCAUCAGGUGUUGCUGGUGGAUUACGGCAACCGAGCGGCUGCUACCGAACUACGCAAAAUGCCACCCAGCAUCGAGGAAAUGUCUCGGCUGGCGAAGAAGUGCUGUCUGGAACACUACCUGUCGAUCGAUGAGGUGACGCUUGGGGCAAAGCGCUGGAGCGCGUUGCGCACUCGACUCACCGAGCUGGCCGACUCGGGAAAGGCGAACUUUACGUUUGAAAUCGUACGUAACGAUUGCGAUCCGCUCAUCAUACGCCUGUUCACGCCGUCGGGCGCCAACGUGGAGGAUCUGCUCCGGAUGGAGGACGGAUGUAACGAUGAAAUACCUAGCAGCCUUGUCGCCGGUCCCGGUGGCUCUGCGGAAGUUACGAAGCGAGCCAAGCCGAAGCAGGCAUUCUUCCGGGCAAAUAGUGAUCUGGAAUUUGUUGAUAAUUAGCCAACAUGCGCUGCAGUCGUGGAUACUACACAGCUCGCUCGGCACACAGUAAAGAGGCUUCCAUUGUGAUGGCAUGCAAAACCGUAACGACCGUUACGUUGUGGGUCAGCUGACGCUGCCGGUCAACCCCGUUGGUUCCUGCUUGAAGUGUAGCGCUUCAAAUGCGAUAAGGAGAUCAUCGGUUCCGGUAAAACGCAGCUUCACCCAGUAACGAUGAUUUCGAAACAAACGCUAUUUACGAAACACACAAAAUGCAUCGCGUUUGAUGCUCAUACGCACAUUGUUUUUUUCUCGUUUCAUCAUAAUCUGCGCCAUGCUCUAACACGCUCAUCGAAGGGCAAAUAUGGGAUAAUUUUUUAUACUCUUAAUUUUUGCGCAUUAUUACACCUGUUGUUCAUCACUAACUAAACUACUCCUUCAACUACUAGUCUCCGUAGUGCAUUGUAAGAGCACUCUCUUUCUCUCUCUCUCUCUCUCUCUCCAUGAGGAAUGAUCCUGCCGAAGGGCCCCUAGAGCAUUCAAAUUACAAUGCAUAUUGAAUUGCGACUGGAACAAGCAUCAGUACCUCAGGUCGGCUUUCAGAAUGCUAACACCUGAGCUAGAUCGCGCCUUCAAAAGUGUCUUAUGAGGGAGACGUACGUGUUAUAUAAUAAUCUCGUGCCUUGCAAUAAUUUCCAUCCAGCUAUAGGGCGGAAGAGUAUUUAACCUGAAAAGCAUAUGUGUUAAGAAUAACAGAAACAAAACGAGAAUAGAAACGAUUACCUACCACAUAUUGUUACAAUUUGUUAUAUCCCAUCAUUGUUGUAUUAAAUCAU